GCCUCUGACACCGUGCACACUUCCUCACUCCGCCCGGCCACAUCGUCCCUUCUGCCCGCCAUGGAUUUCUCCAUCCGCGCCGCCAACGUGGAGGACUGCAAGGACAUCGCUCGCAUGCUCAUGGAAUUGGCUGAAUAUGAGAAAGUCACGGACCAUGUGAAAGUGACUCAGAGAGACUUGGAGCAAGAUGGUUUCUCCAAGAACCCGUUCUUCCACGGGAUCGUUGCUGAGGUACCAGAGCAGCUCAAAACCAAAGAAGCAGGUCACACGAAGAUCGGCUACGCACUUUACUUCUACUCCUACAGCUCGUGGUCGGGCAGAGCCGUCUACAUGGAGGACUUGUACGUGAUGCCAGAGUUCAGAGGGAAGGGCAUUGGGAAAGCACUGAUGAGCAAGGUGGCACAGCUGGGCCUGGCUGCCGGCUGCAACCAGCUCAAUUUCACCGUUCUGAACCACAACAAAUCCUCGGUGGACUUUUACCUCAGCCAGGGCUGUUACGACCUGACGGAUAAGAUGGGCUACCACUGCAUGCGCUGCGAGGGAGAGGCCCUGGAGCACCUGGCCCAACCCUAACUCCACCUCUCCACCUCGGUAACCAUGAGCUCCGCCUACACAGUGCAGGGAAAUAGACUCAGACAAAAAAAAAGUUUAAAAAGUUGACUGUUCGGUAAGCUCCAACACUUCCACUUCAUUUCUACCGAUACUAAAUCCCCAGCUUGAUUGAAAAUCCUGAUUAUAACUAGGGUUGCAAAGGGGCGGAAAGUUUCGGUAAAUUUCCGGAAACUUUCCACGGGAAUAUUAAGCGCGGGAAUUUUGGGAAUUUUGAAAAAAAAAAAUAUGCAAAUAAAACGCUGAGCAAUAAAAACAUGAUGACAAAACUCUAUUUUAAAGAUGUAUGGAAUGCAGCACACACUGUACGUUGAAUUUCAACCCUCCACUGUGCAUUCUUCCAUCACAUGCACAGAUAACUCCCAGCAUCCUUCACUCUACAGCAGGGCUAUUGAGGCCUACUGUAGUGUGCAGGACUAGUCAGGUAAGUUUCGAUGAUAUUACUGGGGAAAAUAUAUUAGCAUGCUGAUUGAGGAUUGUUCAUCUGUUCAUCUAGCCUAUUUCCAUUCAUUUAUCCAUAAAUUGUAAAAUAUGUUUACAGACGAUUCCAAUUGUUUGGCUAACUAUUUAUAUCUCUGGCAUUGCAUUAGUGUUUUUUUACAAACUUUUUUCUCAUCUUAUUCUACAGAACAAUGCCACGUGCACUAUCUCAUGUGUGGAGACAUUUCACCCCAUCCAAUGUAGAAGGAAAGGCUGUGUACAUUUGCAAAUACUGUGCAAAGACCUAUGUUAAGAAUGACACAACGAUGCAGAAGCAUAUAGUCAAGUGCCCAAAGUUUCCUCAGGGCUCAAAUCAGCCUAUGACAAAACAAAAUGUUUAUAUUUAUGUCUGUAUAUGACAAGGGAAAUACAGUUAGUAUAAAUUACCCACAACAUUUCAAGUUUAUUCCCGUUAUUUCCCGUUAAUUCCCAUAUAUUCCCGUAAAUUCCCGUUAAUUCCCGUUAAUUCCCAUGGAAAGUUUCCAACUUUGAAUAUUCCCGGAAUUUUGCAACCCUAAAUAUAACCAAUUUUUUUUUGAUGUUCCAGCCUUGCAAUAAAUAUGCACAUGUUGGCUGCACACAGGAUUUCAAAUGAGGUAGAGUUCAAAUAUAGUUACACAACCUGUAGACCCACAAAAUAAAUUCCUACUGAAGUCAUCGGGCUAGUUAGCUUAGCAAUGCUAAUGCAGGCAGUAUACGUUGGGGUAGAUAAACAUAACUUUCAUAAGAUUCAUUAAUUGUCGUGCAAGGUUUUUAUAUAUUCACGGAAUCACUAUUAUUAAAUCUUCACAAACAGUGUCCAGUUAGCGUUGCUAGUCUGUGAUUGGCCGAUCGCUGUUUGCAGGAGGGGCUCAGCAAACACUUAAUUUGCUCAAGUAUUGGAAUGGGGCCUUUGCAAUACAUUUGAAUAGUUCUUAAUUGAGGGACCUUAAUCUGUGGUAUAUGUGGUAUUAGGUGUGUGUGUGGGUUUGUGUGUGUGUGUUGUGUGUGGGUUGGGGGGGCUAUAUUUGAAGGAUCUUUAGUGAAAGUCUUGACGUUAAGUUUGAAACAUCGUCAUCCAGGAGUUAAAUAAUCGUUUGCACAAAGAUCAAGAUAAAAAACAGGAUGUAUGUUUUAUUGUACGGCUGUUGAAAUAUAAAAGUGGGUUUGUGGUUUCCUGUCCCUUUUUAAGUUUAUGAUUAACGAUGACAACCAAAGAGUCGUUCGCCCCUCCGCUGUAAAGCUGUUGUGAUUCAAGUGUUGGCAGUUGCACUGUUCUCUUCCAUGUUGAAGCCGUGUACAUAGAUGGAUGUGAGGGUAAUCGAAGUGUGCACUAAAGGAAUCAGUGGGAUUGAACCUCAAACCUCCCUCCACGCUGCCAGACAGCAAACUCCCGGGGCUGGUUUCUCAAAGAAACACAAUCCAUCUGGCGGAAUCUGAAAAACAAAAAAGGAAAAUCUUGGACUCAUCUCGGUGCGCGUCCUUAAACCUGUCCGGCUCGAGUGAAAGUGGCACCACUCUGGGCUGCACUUCUGUUUUAUAUCCAGUGUGAUUUAAAAAAAAAACACAAAGAGGACUUCUUGUAUCAUUUCCAGCCAUUUACUGAAAACACUCAGCGGUAUAUUUAGUUUGUUUUCUCUCACUCUAAACAAGUAAGAACCACUAACCCUCCUCUUUUGUAGCUUUUUGCAAUUUGCAUUUAUUUUCAUACUUUGUUUACGAAAUAAUUGAGCGAGGAAUGUGAAGUUGUUUUUCUCAGCCUCGGGACAUUGUGUGGUCAAAUAAUCGCGUGGGUUUGCUUUCAGAGUCGAGACGUCAACGUGGAACAGUGUGUUUGGUGCAUUGUCGUCCAUGUUGUUGCAGAGUGACACAAAGAUCGAUAGAGUCCAGGGGAAGAUGAAGAGAUAUUUAAAUUUUCUCACCAGAACGAGCCAGAGCCACAGACUAUACAACGCGUGACUCAGUUUCCUCAGUGGAGGCCACACAAUUUCAAAUAUUUCAAAACCAAGUCAAAGUUCAACCCUGAUUCCUUUCAAAUCCACUGAGAUCUCAGCAAUAAAUAAACUUAAAUGUGCAACGUAAAGAUUUUAGGGAUGCGGGUGUGUUUCUCACAAUCAGUUCUCGUAGAUAAAAGCACCUUUGUUGAUGUCUUAAGGUUGUUUCCUCAACUUUGGUGCUGUGGAGCCUAAAUGUGUGUGAUACCCAAUGUGCCACAUGUUCAUGUUCCUGUUAGUAAGUGUGUUCUCAAAUGUCACCUCUGCGGUCAUUAAGUUUUUAUAUGUGUCGGACGUUGUUCUCUGGAACGGUAGCAUUUACGUAGCAUUUAGCGCUGAGUGUCAUUUGCUCUUCCAGAAAUCCUUACUCUAUAAAUGCAUUAGAAAAUACCAAAAGCCAUAUUAGCUUUAGCCUAUAUAUAUAACCUGCAUGGAAUUCAAAUGUUGGUUUCAGAAAACUUAUUUUAGGCUAAAAACAAAGGUUGUGUUUGAUUUUUUUAUUUGUUUGAUUUGUUCAGCAGUUGAGGAAUAAAACCUGUGAGAGUUGAAUAAAAUCUGUUGUGUGAAAAUAUAAA